AAGAAUGCAUGAAACGGGCAUAACGGAUGAGUGCACUUCUUCCAACGGGUUGCAACCCCUUUACAACACAAUCAUUCAAUCAACGCUUAGGUAUCAAACCGGGAAUAAAAUCAUAAAAGUGGGAUCACAUUUCUGACGUAAUCGGCUAAUUUGAAGAUAUAAAUUUAUCUCAAUUAAUUUAGACCAGUGUUAUAUUGUGUACAUAUAAAUAAUUACACUUAAUUAAAAUCGAAUAGCAAAAAAUCUCAAAAUCCAUAACCGUAGGAAGUCUCCUCCAGCUCAAGUCUAGAAGGAAUGGCUCGCUCCAAAUCGUCCCCACAACGCAAGAGAACGCUUACUUUCGACGAGAAAGUUGCGGAAGUAGAAAAGCGUCGUGUUAAAAAAACUCGCCACGCGAAAUUACCCAAAAACAGGGUGAGGAAAGGGAUUCAUGACAUGACCGCACCUGUUCGAGGUCGAUGCGUCAUAUUUGCAAACAGCAUAUUUCGGAACUGGAAGAUGGAGGACGGUACUCCGAACCUGCCUGGUUACGAACGAGACGCAGAGAAUUUGCAAAAAGUGUUCGAUGACCUUCAUUUCAAAGUGACCGUAUAUAAGAACCGCUCAGCGGAGAAAAUGAGGCAGAAACUGCGGUCUGUGGUAAACUAUCGUGUGAGGGAAAUUGGUGGCCAGAAGCCAAACGCAUUUGUUCUGAUCAUUUUAAGUCAUGGAGAUGAAUCCUCAAUCAUGGGAUCCAACUUCGAUCCAGAUCACGAAGAAUACAAGAACGAUGUCCUGAAGGAAGCAGAAAUCAUUGACAUUUUAAACAAUGAAAACUGUCCACAUUUAAUUGACAGACCAACAUUAAUAUUUCUACAAACUUGCAAAGGAGAUAGAGUGGACUUUGGCGUCUCCAUGCGAGACCCUAGUAGUCCAGACAUCAACGCAGAAGCAGACAGUCAAACAGAGUCAGACUCUGAAAAGGAAGCUAUCGCAGCUAGUGCAAAUAUUUUCAAAGCAGCACUUGCUUCAGAUAGUCCGCCGGAAACGUCCCCCACAGAAUCGGAAAUAUUGAUUUGUUAUUCCACUGUUUCAGGGUAUUGCUCAUUUGUUGGAAGACAUGGAUCUGUAUUUGGGAUUGCAUUGGCACGAGCUCUAAUCAACAACGCUCAUGAUACUGAUAUUCAAAGUCUCAUUAAUUUGAUAAGCGCUGAGAUGAAAGAUGAGUCAACACCGAUAGAUGUUAAUCAGGUUGCGAAGCAAGUUCCACAAGUAACUCUCAAAGGGUGGACAAAGCAAUUAUUUUUUAAUCCAGGAUAUCCUAAGUCAAACAAACGAGGGAAAAUAAACUCCAGUGCCGCUGUCCCCCGAAAAAUAAAUAAAUCAACCGAACAACGCCAAUUUCUCCAACACAUUGACAAACAGCCGAACAAUUUGCCACAUAAAGUAUUCGGAAACGAUAAUACUGAUCCACCCAUUCCCAAAAAGUCACAAAGUCAACCUAAACCAAGAAGUAAUAAAACAAAGCUCUCAAAACGAAAGCGUAAUCCAACGCCAAAGAAGAGAAUUUCUUCUCUAAAGAAACGAUCCCAAGCAGAAAAAAAUCACGGAUUUCUACGUUGGAAAAAACUUGGCAUUUGAUAAAAUGACGGGAAAUGGUGACAGUGGGGUUGCCUCAACUUUGACUGGCUGUAAUGCCAAUGGUUUAAAUGAUUUGGGACGUGAAAAUUAUAAUUCAGUUGGAGCCAGAAGUUCGGCAAAUAAUAAAACCAGAACCCUUCAAGAAUUUCAAAAAUUCAGAAAAAUUGGUCAACUAAAGUUUACACUCCAACGCCAUUAUUUUUGACACAAGAACUGUGGCAGCUAUUAUCCAGCCAAAGUUUUCUCCAGUAAUAGUCUUACAUCGUGACCGAAGAUUUUAUACGAUUUCAAGAAAUAUUUUAUUUAUUUAAUAUUUUAUCUGUGCAAUAUUUUAUGUUGGCGUGUUCAGUUAUUCCUAGUCGUUCUUUUUAUAAAGAAUUCUAUUAAUUAAGUAUGGUUUUAUUUCCUAGUCACGUAAAUGCCUGGACGGUUGUCACUAAUAAAAUCAUUUCUAUUUAUAAAAUCAAAUCCAAAAUUCCUUGUUAAACUUUAUGAUAAGAAUUUUUACCACUACUGAGAAUAAAAAAAUUAGUUUUGUUCUUUA